AUGGGAGUACCGAAGUUCUUCAGGUAUACCAGCGAAAGGUACCCCUGCCUCAAUGAGCUGGUGAAGCAGUACCAGAUACCAGAUUUUGACAACAUGUAUUUGGAUAUGAAUGGUAUUAUACAUAAUUGUUCACAUCCUGAUGACUCCAACCCUCACUUCCGAAUUACAGAGGAAAAAAUAUUCCAGGAUAUAUUUCACUACCUCACUAUAUUGUUCCAAAUUAUAAAGCCUAAAAAAUUAUUUUUUAUGGCUAUUGAUGGUGUGGCUCCAAGAGCUAAGAUGAAUCAGCAAAGGGGUAGGAGGUUUAGAUCUGCAAGAGAAGCAGAAAAGUUAGAAGAGGAGGCCAGGGAAAAAGGGGAGAUCCUGCCGACGGAGAAACGUUUCGACAGUAACUGCAUAACGCCUGGCACAGUGUUCAUGGCGCGUCUGCAUGAACAGUUGAAAUACUUCAUCAAGCAAAAAAUGUCUACUGACCCAUUAUGGUGUAAAGUCAAAGUUAUACUAUCCGGGCACGAAACGCCCGGAGAAGGUGAGCACAAAAUAAUGGAUUAUAUUCGCUGGUCGCGGUCACAACCCGACUAUGAUCCAAACACGCGCCACUGUCUGUACGGACUUGAUGCUGACCUCAUCAUGUUGGGCAUGUGUACUCAUGAGCCACACUUUGCUUUAUUGAGAGAAGAGGUAAAAUUCGGUAGAACAACACAACGUGCAACCUGCCCAGAAGAAACUAAUUUCUACCUCCUACACUUAAAUUUGUUAAGAGAAUAUUUAGAACAAGAGUUUAUAUCUAUUAAGGAUAAUCUACCUUUCGAGUAUGAUAUUGAGAAGGUAGUUGAUGACUGGGUGCUAAUGGGCUUUUUAGUGGGCAAUGAUUUUAUACCAAACUUGCCCAACAUGCAUAUUAAUAAUGAUGCCCUACCACUAUUAUAUAAGACUUAUAUGACUGUACUUCCUACUUUAGAUGGAUAUAUAAACGAGGCAGGUGACUUAAACCUGGCGAGGUUCGAGGUAUUCAUGCAAGAGUUAGCUAAAAUUGACAAAGAGAAGUUCCAGGAUACUUAUGCGGAUCUCAAGUACUUCGAAGGCAAAACUGGCAGGCGACCUACGGCCAAUGAGAGGAGAGAGUAUAAACCUAAUAAUGACGAUACAUUCAAUGUGAAUGUAGAGGAUAUCAAGGCCAACAAGAUGGAUGACGAGCUUCAAGCGCUUAUCAACGCCACUGAUGAAAUGUUCUUAGCUGACGCGGAUCCAGAAGAUGGAUAUGAAGAGACUAGUGAUGAGGAACAAAACAUGGAAAUGGAGUUUAUUCUACAUAAAAAAGAUUACUACAUGAACAAAUUAGAUUACACUAAAGUAACAGAUGAAGUCCUAGCGGACCAAGCAGAGGGCUACGUGAGGGCUAUACAGUGGAACCUGUUCUAUUAUUACAAAGGUUGCCCAUCCUGGUGCUGGUACUACCCGCAUCAUUACGCGCCCUACAUAUCUGAUAUCAAGGGUUUUAAGGAUUUGAAGAUUGAAUUCGAGCUUGGAGAACCUUUUAAGCCUUUUGAACAGCUACUAGCAGUAUUACCUGCAGCAAGCAAGCAGUUGCUGCCGAUGCCAUUCCACACUUUGAUGACUGACGAGGACUCGCCCAUAGUUCAUUAUUAUCCAGUGAACUUUGAGACAGAUCUCAACGGCAAAUUAAACGAAUGGGAAGCCGUCGUAUUAAUACCUUUUAUUGAUGAGGUAAAUCUCCUAUCAGCAAUGGAGCCUUGUUAUCAAAGAUUAACAGAAGAAGAGAUGAAACGAAACUCACAUGGUCCAAUGCUGGUCUACGAUUGGACGCCUGAAAAUCUAGGGCAGAUCUACGCACCAGAAUACUUCCCUGUGAUAUCUGAGUGCCACGCUACUGAGAAGUUGGUGUGGCGAAAUGAACUAGAGGUACCCGAGUCGGAGCUGAAACGAGGAAUGUUGCCGAACACCAAACGGGACAUGUUGUUCCCUGGCUUCCCUACCAUGAGACAUCUGAAGUACCGGACAAGUCUAAAGAAAGGAAAGGUGAAAGUGUUUGACAUGCAGUCACGCAACGAUAACAUGAUUGUGGAAAUAAUAAGAGAAGAAGAGCCAAAUAAAACUCUUAGAGAUAUAGCAAAAGAUUUUCUCGGGAAAGUCAUUUGGGUUGGUUGGCCACACCUGACUAGAGCCAAAGUGAUAGCCGUGUCAAAUGAAGUGAUACGCUUGCAUUACUCAGAGAAUAAUGAGAACAAUUACACCAAAGAGCCUAAUCACGGCAACUUGCGCGAUCAGUGGCUCAGUGAGAAAUCUACCAUCAUUGAACACAAUAUGCAUCGUCUUGGAAUAGAAUUAGGUGAAGUGAAUACCAUAAUUCACGCAGUGAAUUUAAAAGGCUUCAAAUACGUAGUCCAGAACAACGUAAGGAUGGUCCAAGAGCCGGAGUGGUGCAGCGUGCCGUGCGGGUACGCGGCGCACGCCGUGGUGCGCGACGUGCGCGCCCACGUGCUGCAGGAGGGCGGGCGCUACUCCACGCCGCAGGAGGCCUACCCGCCCGGCGACCGCGUCUUCCUGCUCACCCAUGGGCAACACUAUGGGGCGAUGGCUACCGUAGUCAAUUCAGAUUCCAUAAAAUCAGGCCGGAUAAAAGUGUGUAUCACUGAGAGAGGCGAGCCCGUAGUUUGCCCCAGGAACUUAGCCAGUAACUACAGAAAUCCUAACCAUGCUGCGGCCUCUUGCGGUAUAUCCGUACAGAUGCUGAACCGAAUCACGGGUUCGAUUCUACUUAUCACAGGCGAAAGACACGAUCGACCCACGGAAACUCUAAAUAAAAUUAACAUAGGACUUAAUUUGAAAUUUAAUAAAAAGAAUCAAGAAGUAGCAGGGUACACACGUAAAUGCCAAAUUACCAACUCUUGGUUAUAUUCGGAGCGGUGUAUAGAACUAGUGAGAUCUUACGCGCAAAAAUUCCCUGAUCUGUUCGACAAUUUGGCCCAGUCACUCGGCAGGGAUGUGUUCUUCGAAAGCGAUUUGUUCCCUCGUGAAAUUGGUAAAAAGAAGGGACAGGAGAUAAGUGCGUGGGUGAAGUCGCAAGAUCACAUGAGGGCGCUUCGUCGUGACUUCGGCUCGGAGUGCCUGGAGCCCGAGGAGAUGAAAGAACUCGCCGCCGAGCUCGACAAACAGCUUGCGGACCUCGCCGCUAAGGCGUUCAAGCUUACUCUGCAAGUCAAGUGGACAUUGUUAUAUAAGCCCGAACUCCACACAGGCAACUUGCAGCCAGACCCAAAAGCAGACUACAGGCUGUACGACCGAGUGGUGUGCGUGAGCAGCACCAUGACUGUGCCGCUGGGCGCGACGGGCACGGUGACGGCCAUCUACCCGCCCGCCGCCGCCAACACCGUCCGUCUGUCCGACAAGCUCAACAACGACCCCACCUACCAAGUCAUGUUCGACAACACGUUCCCUGGAGCCAUGACUGAGGAUUUGUUCGAGGAACCCAGGUUUUAUAGGAUGUCCAGUUCCACCCUCCUGAACCUGUCGAUGGGGCGGCGGCUACGCGGGGGAGGCGCCAGCUCGACUGGUGUCAGCGCCAGCGCCUCCAACUCCAACACGCGCCUGCGCCCCGACGACGGCCACAACUCAGCCUUCGCUAACUACAGUCCUCCAGGAGAGAAGUUGUUUACGCAGAAGAUUACUACCGAGAAUCGUAGCAAUGCUAAUAGAACAGCUACCAGCAGUGCCAAUAGAACAGCUACCAGCAGUGCCAAUAGAACGGCUACUGGCAAUGCUAAUAGAACAGCUACUGGCAAUGCUAAUGGCACAGCUACCAACAACGCUAAUGGCACAACUAUCAGCACACCUAUCAGCAUAUCUACUAAAGAGUCUCAAGACAAUGCAACUCACCUUCUUAGAAGCCUGUUGAAGAUUAGCGAAAAUGAAGGACAAUCUAAGAACACAAGGACAACAAAGCCUGCAACUCCUGAACAGAACAGCAAUUGGCGAGUAAAAUCUGAACCUCCCGUAGCUUCGCCUCAAUCUCAAAGAGGAUCUUCGCAACCGACAAAUUGGCGCAAAGAGAGCGCAGUAGCUGCUGCAAUGCCGCCUGUGAACCUGAGCCGUCCGCCUCCCGGCUACAACCCAGAGUGGACAAAUACCAGUUACAAGAAUCUACCGCCUGUUCCCCCAUACCCACCGCCAUUCGGGCAACCCUACCAAGGUCCAGGUCUAAAUCAGAUUCCAUUCCCACAGUUCGCUAACCCGCACUUCCACAAUCGCAAUACUCAAUCCUCUAACCAGUCCUACGGCAAUAGCCCUCGGCAACCGGACCGCAGUACCUUCUUUAACCGUCCGCCGCCACCAUUAAUGGACCACAAUUUCCCCAAACAAUCGCCAAGCGUCGUUGGCAAUAUCACAUUAGGACCGAGUUGGAACCAACCCAAUAACCUAGCGAGAUUAUAUGCUGGAAGGCCGCUGCAAAGUAUGAGUGGGUUAAAUCAAAGACCCAGUACCACCGACAGAGUUUUCAAUCCGUUCGUGCCACUACAAGUACAGACAAGCCAACGACGCCCGCAGCCCGGUGGAUCGUCAAUGAAAGACACGAACCCAACUCAAGCACCCCAGUCCACCCUACAGAAUCCUCAACCUGUUCUUCAACCUGUAGUACAACCGCCCCAGGAACCCUCAUCGCGGCCGCUUAGAAAGAAAAAAUCUAGAAUAGCAGCUAACUUACCAUUUCAGGAGGAAUAA